CCACCUGUGAGUAGGAGUUAUUGCUUGCGGUGUUGACAUACAUGGAUAGAUCUGUUUGCAGCAUCAUUACUAAUGUGUCUGUAGGAAGACGUGUCUCAGCAGGACACGGAGGUUUGGGCAUGUUUUAAAGGAAGUGACAACUGAGAGAGAAAUGGAUUCCGAGGAAAAAUGGUUAGAUUGCAAAAGCUGGCUUAUCAGUGGGAAAACAUGGGUUUGAUUUUUUUCAGCCACUUCUCAAGAAGUCGUUCUUGGAGAGUUUCCAUAUGGCGUGAGUAUAAAAAUGAGAAGCAGAAAACGUGGGGCUCCAGUCCUGCACACUGAGGAGGUCUGAGGAGUGAAGUAAACAUAAAGCAGAGAAGAGAGGGAGGUUCUUCAUAUCUGCUACAGGAGUCACUAGAUAUUUGUAGAACUUUGCUCAUUAAAUUUCUACCACUGAAGUCAAAGAUGAACGCUGCAAUCCGGUGCAUUACUCUCUUGGUCUGUGUAGCCAUUUGCUCUGCAUCAGCUGUUAAAUAUUGCCGAUGCAUCAAGACAAUCCAGGGCGUAAAUCUCAGAUCCAUCGCUGAUGUCAAGGUGCACGGUCCUCGUCCUUACUGCAGAAAGCAAGAAGUCAUUGUCAUACUGAAAAAUGGCAGGUCACACUGUCUUGACCCUGAAGUAAAAUUCACCAGAAUACUCGUGCAAAGAACACAGACACCGAGCAUGGCACGUGCUAAGAACACCAUGAGCCCAAAAUCAACCACAGAGUCAGACACAGCAUCAUUUACAGCAUCAGCCACUGAAUCAACCACAGCAUCAUUCACAGAAUCAGCCAUAGUGCUGCCAACUUCAUCAUAAUGCACAUUCCCUGUGUUUUUAACCGGUACGGUGAAAAUGAGACGUCAUUUGGCAGCACAGUGUCACAGCCUAACAGUAAGGCUGAUGUAGUUGCUGUUUUUCUGUCAGCAAAAUAUAUCACUGAUGACACAAUGUUAAAUCAUGUGAAACUGGUUCAGUAACCUACUUUGGAAAGAGGCAGCUAAACCUGACAGAAGGAUGAAUAGUGUCAAAUACUUAAUUCUACAUCAGCCAGAACUGAGUUUUGGAGACUGUAUGAGACAUAUUGUGAAUUCAGAGAAGAGUCGUAGACCAGAGAGACUGCGGCAUUUCUGAAGUUUGGUGAACCCCUGCUUAAUAACCACAGAUUAUUUGCAGUGUGUGUUUCUUCCAAACCUCGCACAAAGCUUACAUUAGUAAGCUUUGUGCGAGGUUUGGAAGAACAGUAUAAAGACAUUGUUUGACAUGGAAAUUAAGCUGACAUAAUGUGAAGAUUAACAAUAUCUGUUGCACCUAAUUACCAUAAAUAUGAGCACAAUUUAUUUAUGUAAUUUGAUAAUAUUAGUAUUUGAUAAGAAAAACUGAUGUUUUACAUAUAUGUGAAUGUCUGUGCAUACUGUAUAUCCAUGUGUAUGUGUGCCAUGUUUGCUUUAAGGCUGAAUGAAUGCUGUACAGUGUUAACUUCAGAGACAUGAAAGCUCAAUAAAUCUGGAUGUUUGUUUAA